UUUCAGGAGCUGUGGAGAAGCAGAGCCCAGUUCCAGUUGUUGGGUUUUUCAGAUUGGGGAUUUUCGGUUUUAAAACAUUUCUAGGGAAUUUCAGUUGCGGAUUUUUUUUUCCUUACGACUGAUUUCUGUUGAUUAAUUUCGUCUCGACAGCAGAAGUCUGAUUGGCUGCAAUGACAACAGAGGCGGGGUCAGAGGCGGAGGUGAAGAAGGAGCCGGAGAAGCAGCAGCAGUCUGAGGAGGAGCAGGUCGAAUCCCCCGGAGAGAGCAUGCAGAACACAGACACGGAUCCUCAGCCUGCCCAGGAGAACCCUGAGAAUCCUGAGAACCUCGAGAAUCCAGAGAAAGUGGAGGCGGAGCCUGCCCCGCCCACAAGCCCCUCCCUGUCUACCGGGCAGAAGAAGGACAAGGGCAUCUCUCGCUUCCUGCCUCCAUGGGGCAAACGCCAAAAAUCCCUCAGCCAAGUGGAGUCUAAAGACACGCCCACUCAGACACAGGAAGAGGAGGAGCCAAAGGGAGAGGCCGAGUCGCCGGAGAAGAAGGAGGAGCAGAACUUGGUGUGCAGCUCAGACACACAGCCAGAGAAAGAGGCGGAGUCUGUGAGGAGAGGAGGAGAGAGGGAGGAGAGUGCCAUUGUGUCGCCUCUCAAACCUGGAAAGAAGAUGAAGAUGGUGGUGUGUCAUGUGACUCUGCUGGACAGGAGCCAGUUCCAGUGUGAGGUUGAGAAACGAGCCAAGGGUCAGGUCCUGUUCCAGAAAGUGUGUGAGCACCUGAACCUCCUGGAGAAGGAUUACUUCAGCCUGAGCUUCAAGGACGGCGCGGAGCAGAGGUGCUGGCUCGAUCCUACUAAGGAGAUCAAACGUCAGAUCCGCAACUCGCAGUGGCAGUUUGCGUUCAACGUCAAGUUUUACCCACCGGAUCCCUCGCAGCUCACUGAGGACAUCACCAGGUAUCUGCUGUGUCUGCAGUUGAGGCAGGAUAUCGUGUCGGGUCGGUUGCCAUGCUCGUUCGUCACUCUGGCUCUGCUCGGCUCCUACACGCUGCAGGCGGAGCUCGGAGAUCACGACUCGGCCGAGCAGCAGCUCCACUCCAUCACCGACUUCCAGCUCGCUAAAGAUCACACCAAAGAGCUCGAGGAGAAAGUGCUGGAGCUGCACAGAUCCCACAGGGGAAUGUCUCCAGCCCGGGCUGAUAUUAAUUUCUUGGAAAAUGCCAAAAAGCUCUCAAUGUAUGGCAUCGACCUUCAUCAGGCAAAGGACUCUGAUGGCGUGGACAUCAUGUUGGGAGUGUGUGCCAACGGCCUGCUGAUCUAUAAAGACCGUCUGAGGAUCAACCGCUUCGCCUGGCCCAAGAUCCUCAAGAUUUCUUAUAAACGCAGCAACUUUUACAUCAAGAUCAGACCCGGAGAGGCGGAGCAGUUUGAGAGCACAGUGGGAUUUAAGCUGCCCAACUAUCGUGCUGCGAAGAGGAUUUGGAAAGUUUGUGUUGAGCAUCACACCUUUUUCAGGUUGAUGAAUCCGGAGCAGCCGACUAAGUCAAAGUUCCUGACUCUGGGUUCUAAGUUCCGAUAUAGUGGGAGAACCCAGGCUCAGACCCGACAGGCCAGCAGUCUGAUCGACCGACCUGCUCCACACUUCCUCCGCACAGGCAGCAAACGCAGCUCACGCAGCCUCGACAUCGCUCCAGUGAGCGCUCAUGGCCACGCCCCCAGUGAGAACGGCCGUGACCCCGCCCUGGAUCUCUCCGAUUCCAAGAUUCCGCAGGUGGAGGAAGGGGCGGAGCCUGGAGAGGCCACAGCCGCGGAAGUCACUGAUGAACCUGUCGCUGAGACUGAGACCGAUGGAGCCGAUUCCUCUGAAACCAAGAGCAAGCUGAGAGUGCAGGGAGAGAAUAUUUAUGUCAGACAUAGCAAUCUAAUGCUGGAGGAUCUGGAUAAGACUCAGGAGGAUGUUUUGAGGCAUCAGGCUAGCAUUAGCGAGCUAAAGCGCAGUUUUAUGGAGGCAGCUCCAGAGCCCCGGCCCAGUCAGUGGGAAAAGCGUCUGACGGGCAGCCCCGCCGCCACCAGCCUGCGCCCGGCCGUCCCAGGGAUAAACCCCACCCACCUGGAGAGCGCCCUGUCUGACAGCGGUGACAUCGGCAAGAGCGAACAGAAUUCCGAGCUUAACGGUCAGCCCGAGGUUCUAGAAGUCGUGGAGGAGAUAAUCGUUAUCGAGGAGCUCAAAGCGAACAAGCCCAAAAGCCCCACCCCUGAGGCGUCUCCUGCGGUAACCGUGGUUACCGAGAAAGCUCCGGAAGCAAAGGAAGAAGAGGUGGAGCCGGAAAAGAGCGGCACGUCAGAGAGCGAGAGCGAGGAGGAGGCGGAGUAUCACGCUCAGCUUCCUGCUUCUACAGACUCCACCCAUUUUAUCAAAGAAGAGCCUGAAGAGGAGCAGGAGGAGGAGGCGGUACUUAACCAGGAAGCCACUCCUCCGGCAGAGGCAGAGGCACAGCCAGUCAGCGUGUCGGUGAAAGAGGAGGAGCCACCAGCACUGGCAGAAGACGAAGUGUCUGGAGAUGAAGUCUUGGUGACGCCCGAUGAAGCACCCAAUGGUCACGCCGAUGAUCCUGAAGCCCCGCCCAGUCCCUGCGCUGCGGCUGAGGAGCAAGAGGAGGAGCCUUGCGUCGUCAACGGUGACGCGUCUCACGUGGAAAUGGAGCACGUCCCGCAGGUGAUCUGUUGCUCGGAGCCCCCGGUGGUGAAAACAGAAAUGGUGACCAUCUCGGACACGUUCGCGGCUCAGAAGUCAGAAAUCGCCACCAAAGAGGUUCCCAUCGUCCACACGGAAACCAAAACCAUCACGUACGAAGCCGCACAGGUGGGCGGUGCUGCAGACAGCGAACCCGGCGUGCUCAUGACGGCUCAGACCAUCACCUCGGAGGCUCUGUGUACAACUACGACUACACACAUCACCAAGACACUAAAAGGCGGUUUGUCAGAAACACGGAUUGAGAAGCGCAUCGUCAUUACAGGCGACUCGGACAUCGAUCACGACCAGGCCUUAGCCCAGGCCAUAAAGGAAGCCAAAGAGCAGCACCCGGACAUGUCUGUGACCCGCGUGGUGGUGCACAAGGAGACGGAGCUGGCUGAGGAAGAGUAAAGAGCUGAAGCCUGCGUUUCAUCCGCCAUCCCGUUGUGGAAAAUCUUUCCCUGCGUUUUUCCGAGCAAGUGAUCGUGUCUCUCAGAGAGGACGAGAGCGAGGAUGACGCCGAUACGCCAUCAUUUAAAAAAAAAAAAACAACCCAGAACCACUUCAUCUAACAUUUUUUUGUAGUGUUUGUUACUAUUUUUAUUAUUUCUUCCCCAUAAGGUAUUGUACAAUGUUUUUAUUAAAUCCAGAUCGGAUUUUAUUUUUCCCCUCCGAGCUCAGCAUUCCAAUUAAUUUUUACAGUGAAUUUUUUGACCGUUUACUUGGGGGGCACACACACUCUCUCUCUCUCUCUCUAAUCUCUUCUGUCUCUCUUGAUAAUUACACACACACUGAUUCUGGACCAUUUUUAAGUGGGAGGGGUUUAAUGUUGUUUAGGAGAAGUGGGCAGGGCUUCAGAUGAAUCUCAAUCUCAUUGAAGGGACCAGCGUGAAUCCGUUUUCUUGCACAUCGGUGCCAAUCCUUCCUCUACACGUGCGCACGCGCACACAUUCCACCGCAGGGAGGCGCGUUUCGUCUACCUCUAUUCGGGAGAAAAAAAUUAAACCCCAUGCAAAACGACCAAAAACGGAUUUCCUGAAAACUCUUGGCAGCUCAACGUGUUUCACUUUUCCUGCACAGAUUUUAUUCCUCCAAGAAAAAAAAAAAAAUCCCACGUUUGUACGAAUAAAAUGGAUCUUGUUCCAUUUAAAAAAAAAAAAAGUUAUGAAACACUUUCUUUGCUUUAAUUAAAUUUUCACUACAGAGUUUUACACCAGAAUAAAAAAACAAAAACAAAAACCAGCUAGGACUCUACAUGUGCUCUCUCUCUCUCUCGUCUUUCCUUCUCAUCAUUUUAUCACCUUGUUUUUAUCCGUUUUAUGUUCACAGCUCCAUUUGUUCACCACUUCCUGUGUCCUCUCUUUGUGUAACACUGUUGAAAUAAAAGUUUGUUUAUUCUCUAA